GUUGGGUCCCCUCCGGUCCCCAGGGACGGCGACGACGAUGACGGCGGCGACGGCGAGGCCACCAGCUCCCCGCCGCCGCUCCUCGCCCCGAAACCGCCCCCUCCCGAAGACGACGAGGAGGAGGCCGAAGGCAGCGGCGAGGACCUCCCCCCCCGCCCCCACCGCUGCGGCGACUGCGGCAAAGCCUUCGCCCAGAGCUCCAACCUCCUGAAGCACCGGCGGGUGCACACCGGCGAGCGGCCCUACCGCUGCGGCCAGUGCGGGAAGACCUUCGGCUGGAGCUCCUCCCUCCUGGAGCACCUCAAAGGCCACGCCGGCGCCCGGCCCCACGCCUGCGGCGAGUGCGGCAAAGCCUUCAGCCGCGGCUCCACCCUCCUGGAGCACCAACGCACCCACACCGGCGAGAAACCCUACCGGUGCUCGCAGUGCGGCGCGCGCUUCAGCCAGAGCUCCACCUUGGUCCACCACCGGCGCACCCACACCGGCGAGCGGCCCUACGGCUGCCCCGAGUGCGGGAGGGCCUUCGGGCGCAAGUCCACCUUGGCCACCCACCGGCGGACCCACACGGGGGAGAGGCCCUACGGGUGCGGCGAGUGCGGGCGCCGCUUCGCCGUCAGCUCCGACUUGGCCAAGCACCGGCGGGCCCGAGGUGGGCAGCGGUGUCGGGAUGGCGGGCGGCAGUUCUGCCGGCCCUCGGCGUUGGAGGAGCAUGGGGAGAAGGAGCAUGGUGGGGCUUGGGGGGGCGGGGAGCCUCGUGGGGAACCUGGUGGGCAUGGGGAACAUCAUGGUGAUGGGGAACAUCAUGGGCAUGGGGAACAUCAUGGGCAUGGGGAACCUCGUGGUGAACCUCAUGGUGGUGGUGAACCUCGUGGUGAACCUUGUGGUCAUGGUGAUCCUCAUGGUGAACCUCAUGGUCAUGGUGAUCCUCAUGGUGGUGGUGAACCUCAUGGUGAACCUCAUGGUGGUGGUGAACCUCAUGGUGAACCUCAUGGUCAUGGUGAAACCCUUGGUCAAUGUCAUGGCGAUGGAGAACCUCGUGGUGAUCCUCAUGGUCAUGGUGAUCCUCAUGGUCAUGGUGAACCCCAUGGUCAAUGUCGUGGCGAUGGAGAACCUCGUGGUGGUGGUCAACCUCGUGGUGAACCUCUUGGUCAUGGUGAACCUCAUGGUGAACCUCAUGGCGAUGGAGAAGCUCACGGUGAUAGUGAGCCUUGUGGUGACGGCGAUGGUAGAUGUCACGGCGGUGGUGGUGCCAAACCUCCUGGGGGAACCCAACCUCACGGGGACGCUAAAACUCAUGGUGACACCAAAAUUCGAGGUGACGCCAAACCCUGUGGAGACCCCAAACCUUCUGGAGACCCCAAACCCUGUGGUGACACCAAACCCUGUGGUGACACCAAACCCUGUGGAGACACCAAACCUGGUGACCCCAAACCCUGUGGAGACUCCAAACCUUGUGGAGACCCCAAACCCGGCGCCGCCGCCGAGAGGCCUCACCGGUGCGAAGAGUGCGGCCAAGCCUUCCGCCACGCCGCCACCCUCCUCCUCCACCGGCAGACCCACGCCGGCUCCUUCUCCUGCCCCCUCUGCCCCGAGCGCUUCGAGGGCAGCGCCCAACUGGCCCGGCACCGGCGCCGGCGGCACGGCGCGGCGGCCAAACCCUACCGCUGUGAGGCCUGCGGCAAGUCCUACGCCCAACCGGCCGGCUUGCGGCACCACCAACCCGAGCAACCCUUGGGUUGUCCCCACUGCGGCUCCUCCUUCUUCUGGAGCUGCCGGCUGGCCCGGCACCUCCGCGCCUGCCGCCCGCCCGCCAAACCCUACAAGUGCCCCGAGUGCGGCAAAGCCUUCGGGCAGAGCUCCAAGCUCCUCCGGCACCAGGUGACCCACACCGGCGAGAAGCCCUACAAGUGCCCCGAGUGCGGCAAGAUCUUCAGCCAGAGCUCCAACCUGGCCGAGCACCGGCGGACCCACGGCGCCGCCCGGCGUCACUUCUGCCCGCUCUGCGGCAAGGGCUUCGCCCUCGGCUCCUACCUGGCCAAGCACCGGCUCACCCACACCGGCGAGCGGCCCUACCGCUGCACCGAGUGCGGCAAGAGCUUCCGGCAGAGCUCCAACCUCAUCCAGCACCAGCGCACCCACACCGGCGAGCGGCCCUACACCUGCGGGCUCUGCGGCAAGAGCUUCUGCCAGAACUCCCACCUGGCCAAGCACCGGCGCACCCACACCGGCGAGCGGCCCUACCGCUGCGGGGACUGCGGGAAGAGCUUCCGGCAGAGCGCCAACCUCCUGGAGCACCGGCACACCCACACCGGCGAGCGGCCCUACCGCUGCGGCCAGUGCGGGAAGACCUUCGGCUGGAGCUCGGCCUUCAGCAAGCACCAGCGCACCCACCUGGCGUGAGGGCGGCGCCCGAACCGGCGCGGGACGGGGCCGUGGGGGUGGCCGAGGUUGUGGUUUGGGCUUGGAGAAACAUCUCGAGAAGGUCCGGGCCCAUCACGGUGGCCCAAAGCCAUGGUUUCCUCUUGGAGAACCAUCUCAAGACCUUCCAGGUCCAUCAUGGUAGCCCAAAGACAUGGUUUUGUCUAUGUUAUGGUGGCCCAAAGUCAUGAUUUCGUCUUGGAGAAUCAUCUCAAGGCCUUCCAGGUGGCCCAAAGUCAUGGUUUCAUCUUGGAGAACCAUCUCAAGACCUUCUAGGUCCGUCAUGGUAGCCCAAAGAUUCAAGUUUUUGUCUUGGAGAAUCAUCUCAUGAUCUUCAAGGUGGCCCAAAGCCGUGGUUUCAUCUUGGAGAACCAUCUCAGGACCUUCGAGGUCCAUCAAGGUGGCCCAAAGUCAUCGUUUCAUCUUGGAGAACCAUCUCAAGACCUUCGAGGUGGCCCAAAGGCAUGGUUUCAUUUUGGAGAACCAUCUCAAGACCUUCAGGGUGGCCCAAAGGCA